AUGAUAACUUCUCUAGGUUCCAACACCUACAACAGGCAGAACUGGGAGGACUCGGACUUCCCCAUUCUAUGCCAGACAUGUCUUGGAGAAAACCCAUAUAUCUGAAUGACCAAAGAUAAGUAUGGGAAAGAAUGCAUCUGUGCCAGGCCAUUUACAGUGUUUCGCUGGUGUCCUGGGGUCCACAUGCCCUACAAGAAGACUGAGGUGUGCCAAACCUGCAGUAAAUUGAAGAACAUCUGCCUCUUAGACCUAGAGUAUGGCCUGCCCAUCCAGGUUCAUGAUGUGGGGUUCUCUUUUAAAGAUGACAUGCCAAAGUCAGAUGUCAACAAAGAGUACUACACACAAAAUAUGGAAAGAGAAAUUUCUAACUCUGAUGGAACACGGCCAGUCGGCAUGCUUGGGAAAGCCACAUCUACUAGUGACAUGCUGCUCAAAUUGGCCUGGACCACACCCUACUACAAAAGGAAUCAGUCCCACAUUUGCUCCUUCUGGGUGAAAGGAGAGUGUGAAAGAGGGGAAGAGUGUCCAUACAGACAUGAGAAGCCUACAGAUCCAGAUGACCCCCUUGCUGAUCAAAAUAUUAAAGACCGUUAUUAUGGAAUCAGUGACCCUGUAGCAGAUAAGCUUCUAACGCAGGCUUCAAUAAUGCCUCGUCUGGACCCACCGGAGGAUAAAACUAUCACCACACUAGAUGUUGGUGGUCCGGGUGAUACCAUUACUGAGACAGAUCUCAUAAAUCAUUUCUACCAGUUUGGAGAGAUUCGAAGGAUCACUGUAGUACAGAGACAGCAGUGUGCGCUCAUCCAGUUUGCCACAAGGCAGGCUGCAGAAGUGGCUGCUGAGAAGUCCUUUAAUAAGUUGAUUGUCAGUGGAUGCAGACUCAAGGUGAAAUGGGGACGAUCCCCAGCAGCCAGAGGAGAAGAAAAAGAGAAGGAUGGAACCAAAGAUUCUGGGACCCAGCUGGAGCCUGUUCCAGGACUGCCUGGAGCUCUUCCUCCUCCUCCUGCAGCAGAAGAAGCCUCUGCCAGCUACUUCAACCUCCUCCCGAGUGGCCCUCCAGCCGUGGUAAACACUGCCCUGCCACCACUGCCUGGGACUGCCCCAUCCCCACCCCCAGGUUUGGGGCCACACAUGGUCCACCCAAUGAGACCACCUGCUCCUUUCAUGAGGGCUCCAGGACCAAUCCACUCUCCUUCUCAGGACCCUCAGAGGAUGGGAGCACAUGCUGGAAGAUACAGCAGUCUGGGCUCCAUGGAAGAAAGGGCACUUUAA